AUGUACUCGAGCCUGUUCAUGCCUCUUGCUGUUAAACCCACUUGGACUGAUUAAAGAAUGCCGAUCACAGCUGUUCAUGCUCGUCAAAUCUACGAUUCACGUGGAAAUCCAACAGUGGAGGUGGAUUUAACCACUGAGAAA